AUGUCAAGUUUGGAGAUUGUUCAAGCACUUUACAUGGUCCUUUUAACAACUUCCGUGCUUUCGCUUCGCGGUGCCCUCUAUCGCAGCGGACGAUCGUUUCGCUUCAGACAACCCACAGUUGUCGAGCACGACGCUCUUGUCGAAACCAAAAGAAAUGCCGCCACUCCACAACGCUUGCACGUAAUUGGACGAAUGGAAAUCUUACUGGCACCAUCUCGAGGGAGUCGAAAUUCAGCGGGAAAACGGUCUUGUAAACUAACAAAUGAAUCUGAUCCAUCAGUGCUUGCGUUCUUUGCGCGUUACUCGGAAUGA